UCUUUAUGGUUCCAAGGCUGUUCUUAAUUCUUGGGCUAGCCCUCAGGGUAUCAUCAGAAUUUUUCAAAAAUCCUAAUUUUGAAAUCAACCAUUUCUCCGAGAAUGAUGGUUGGUACUGUCGUGGUUGCCAUGUUGAAUUAUCAUCCCAAAGAAUGGAAGGACAGCACAGUGCUAAGAUAACUAAAAGAACUGAUGGCAGUUGGUCGGGCAUAGCCCAGAAUGUAAAGGUACCAGCCCAUGCCAAGCUACUGUUGAAGAUGAAAAUAAGGCUGUUGAAUAAUUCACCUGGUAAAAUUUAUCAUAAAGUAAUGGUGGAGAUGUACACUGAAGAUAGUCAUGGUCACAAAUACUAUACAAUAUCCGAAGUCAACCACAUGCAAAGUAACACUGAAUGGCAGGAAUUGGGUGCUGCUUUUAACGGACCCGGUUAUGUCCACUUAUUCCGCCUGUAUAUUCUGAUACCAGAAAAGGAAGUAGACUAUUUAAUAGAUGAAGCAUCUUUAACAGAAAUUCCCGCGCUGUCUAGCAACUGGAGAGCAGAAGCCGAUUUAAGAAUAGACCAAAUCAGAAAGGCUGAUAUUCAUAUAAGCCUUGCUGCAGGAGUAAGCGGGAGUGGGUACUCUGUAGAGAUUCAACAAUUACGAUCUGAAUUUGCCUUUGGUUGUAUGGUAAAGACUUGGAUGUGGGGACAUGAUGAUCAGAAAGUCUAUAGAGAUUAUUUCUAUAAUAAUUUUGAGUGGACUGUUCCAGAAGGUGGACUUAAAUGGCCCCAUAUAGAACCACAUCGGGGCCAUGAAGAUUUUUCAGCGCUGACUGCAUUAGACGAUAUGAGAAAACAUGGGAUCAAGGUUCGUGGACAUAAUUUGUUUUGGUCGAAUGUUCCAGAUUGGAUAAAGUCUUUAUCUGGAAAUGACCUGAAGACUGCCAUGUACAACCACUUAAAGAGUACCGUAUCUCACACCAAAGGGAAAGUUGAACACUGGGAUGUUUAUAAUGAAGUACUUCAUGAUGAUUAUUUCGCCGAUAAGCUUCACGACCCUAAUAUCACGGCAUGGAUGUUCAACGAAGUUCAUAAACUAGAUCCACAUGUAAAACUAUUUCUCAACGAAUGGGGCGUAAUAAAUACAGCACAUUCUACAAUAGCCUAUUACAAUCGAGCUAAAUUCUUAAAGGAUGCUGGGGUACCUAUAAAGGGAAUGGGAUUACAGAGUCAUCUCGGGAGCAGUGUUGAUAUACAGUUAAUGCAGGCAAGAGUUAAUCAACUGGCUCGAGUUGGAUUACCACUCUGGGUCACUGAACUACGAUGGGAAAACACCAAUAACCACCAAAAAGCUAUGGAUAUGGCUGAUACAUUAAGGAUGUAUUUCUCUCACCCAGCAAUUCACGGCAUUUUACUUUGGGGAUUCAGUCCUCAUAUGAAUAAACCAAAAGGUGUCCUUGCUGAAGGUACCAACUUAACACCAAAUGAAGCCGGUAAAAUGUGGACCAAACUAUGGAAACAAGAUUGGAGAACCCAUGAAACUCACACUUUGUAUAAUGGUUUGAAAGUUCGUGGAUUUAAAGGGGAUUAUUCUUUGAAAAUAAAACAUGGCUCUACUGUUAUUCACGAGAAGACCUUUACACUGGGAAGUCAUGGGCAGAAUUUGAGAGUCGACGGAGUUGGUUCAAAACCGUCUCAUUCAACUUUGAUUGGUUAAUAAAAUGGAC